AUGGUAGCUACCAAUGACAUGGAUCAAUUGAUAUUAACCGAAAUAUUUGAGACAAGUCAACAAUUCUUCACUUUAUUACGUGAUUUUUUGAUUACAUUGUUCAUAAAAUGGAGCAAACAUGAAUCGUUAACGGAAGAUGAAAAAUAUUUGAUACGUGAAGUAGCUGAUCUGUUUGAAAUAAUAUCUUCAAAUUUCAAUGAUAUGAACGUUGAAUUAUUCAAAACACUUUUACUCAACGAUAGAUUUAUUGUACCAAUCAACUCAUGUAUUCGAAAUAUAAUAUUAAAAGGAGACCAUUCAAGUGAUGAUGGAUUAGUGAGUCUAAUUUAUAUUGUGAGAGGAUUUAUAAAUAUUUCUAAAUGGCGGGAUGAAAUGAAGGAUCAUCCUGUACUACUCUCUCUACUGAAUUCGGUUGUCGAGUGUUUAUCUUCAUCAUAUUAUUUUACUAUAUUUCAAGAACUUGAUGUUAACUGUUUAGAACUGACUAAUAUUCAGUGUUUUCUACUAACUACUUGUCCUGAAUAUAUUGGCUGGUGUACAGCGGCGAAACACGAACAAACAUGUGCUACUAUUGCUCGGAUACUGCUUCCCAGAUCCAUUGUAUUAUAUGACAAAUUCAUGGUAUCUAUAAAUGAAUGGAGUAGUUUAGUCACCCAAUGUUUUUCAAUACUUGCUAAUUUGCUAGAGGUAUUAGCCUACUUUGAACCGAUCAUAGAAAAUUACUUUGAUAAUCAUAUUAUACUUAUUGACCGCACAGUUUGUGUCUUGAAUAAUUCGAAACUAUGUAAUCGUAUUAUCGAUUCGGAAAAUUAUGACAAAGAUGCUAGUUUUCUUAUUGAAAAUUCGGUGAGAUAUUUGUUCCAUUUGACAUUUGAACCAAACAUUUUAUGUAUCAUGAAACUCAAGAAUUUAGCUACCACAAUAAUGAACUUAACGCAUGCAUCAUCGUACGUAACACAAAUGACAUCCUAUCGUCUUCUCGCAAAUAUUUUAAAUGAAAAUGAUUUGAAAAAAUUAACAAAUGCCGAUCUAAUAACAUCAAUGUUUAUAAAGUAUUUGAAAGGGGCGAUUGAUGACAGAUAUCAGUUCUGUUAUGGCUCUCCUCUCAAUGGCAUACUGCUCAGUCUAAAAUCGCUUGUUCAACACGAUCAAAUUAAACAGCAACUGGUUGAGCAGAGAGGCUUACCUCUGCUAAUUCGAUGCGCCACAGAAGAAAAGUUUGAUCCUACCAGAGUUCAGCAACAAGCAUUGAAUAUUCUAUGGGCAAUGACAUUUGACGAUCAAGCUGCUAAUAUUCUAAGACAAAAUGCAAACUUUUUAAGUUACGUCAAAUCUCAGUUAUCAUCAGACAUUUCCGAAACAAAAAAAAUUGCUGAAGGAAUUAUUUGGAAACUUGAAAAAGAAUCGCAGUUUGUAGCACAACAGUCAUCACUGUCUGGAGCAUUGAGUAAAAACAGUUCUCGGUAUAAACACGAUGUGAUGAUAAGUUAUUCUCAUACGGACAAGGAUCUUUGUUGGCAAAUUCAAGAGCAAUUAGUAAAGGACAAAUACCGUGUGUGGCUUGAUCGAGAUCAAAUGUUUGGCUCAACAAUGCAGGCAAUGGCCGAUGCCAUUGAGAACUCAGAAUUUGUGUUUAUCUGCAUGUCUGAUGCUUAUAAGCAGAGUUCUUAUUGUCAAUCAGAAGCUCACUAUGCAUUCGAGAGACAAUGUCGACUCAUUCCAUUAAUUAUGAAAAAAGAUUAUCGACCAGAUGGCUGGCUAGGAAUUAUCACCAGCGGGAAAAUAUACAUCGACUUUCCCAAAACUGAUUUUAUAACAGGUUACAGGAAACUCAUCACAGAAAUGAAUCGACACAGAAAUAUAAUUGACUCAAACGAGAACCGUGCCCUCAAAGGUCAUGAUAUUCAUCAAGCAGAUAGUACCAUUAGAUCCCGGACGAAGGAUGAGUUCGAUGUAAAAAUUUCAAUGGAUCAAUGGACAAAAGAUGACGUUCAGAAGUUUUUAGAAGCCAAGGAUUUGGAUAUAAUGAAACCUUUAUGUAAAAAUAUGAAUGGUGAACGAUUAUCUGAAUUAUACAAAAUGUGUAUCGACAAUUCGGAAUCAAUGUUUCAAACUUUAAAAACGGAACUCUAUGAUCUUGAGAAGAAAACACUACCAGUUGGUAGCUAUUUAGCAUUCAAAGCUGAGCUAAAGCCUUUUUGUUCACCAGCGAAACAUCAACCGAUUUUGACACAUGCACUUCCAAUAGCUACAAAAAGGUCUAAUAUGUGUGAUAUUAUAUAA